UCUGCUGGGGAAGGAAAGGAGGAGACAUGCAAUGCAACAACAAAGUCAGAAGAAGCUGCAGAAGGGCCUCCACAAAACAUCAAUGUUGUUGCUACCUCCCCACAAAGUAUUAAUAUUAGCUGGAGUGGGCCAGCCAUCAUAACUGGACCAACAUCAUAUCUAAUCAACAUAUCCAUGGUUAAUGGUGCAGACUACAGGAAAGAGUUUGUACGGUGGAGUAAUGAAAGUAAAAGUAUUGAGGUGACAGGCCUGAAGCCAUUUACAAGCUACUCUAUAAUAAUUAUAGCCUUUACUGGAGAUCUAGAAUCAGCUUUCACCGAGGGGAAGUCCAGUGAUGCUGUGAUUGCUACCACUCUUGAGGCAGUGCCAAACGAUCCUCCUAAGAACAUAACAAUUGAAAAGAUACCAAAUGAAGUGACCAAAGUUCAGAUGACCUUUAUUCCACCA